AUAUCAACAACGGCAGCAUGAGUACUCCAUCAUCUCCCAAGCAUAACAGGAACGAGCGGCAUCUACAAAGACAACGAGGCGCCGGCGCACGAAACCUGACCACAAGCUUCGGCUUCGUUCUUGGUCUCCCUCUCGACUUGCCCGCACAACAAGUGGUUGACCAAUCACCUGCCAUUGAGCCUCCUACGAAGCGUCGAAAGGUCUGCCGUGAGAAUGGAAGAGAAAAUGACUACGUUGUAGACCAUACCCAAGUACUAGCAGCAAAAGAGGAGAGUGUACGGGAGCUGCAAUCGAAAGCCACCUCACGUUCCCGACGUAGGUUCAAUGCCCUUUUGGAAGAGAAAGAUAAGUUGCCGGAGGUGCAGCCAGAUGAAAGCUUCGUGGAGACUAGACCUGUCGCGAAGAAACGUGGGAGGCCCAAGAGGGCUUGCGCAAGAGACGAGUUCACAGUUACGGAUCCGGUGGCAAUCGCGCCCGGUCUUCCUGCGGCGGUUGCAGAUAUAGAAGAUCCCCCAGCACCGCUCAAGAAAAAGCGCGGGCGACCGAGAAAGAUUGCUUCAUUGAGUCCGAACGAGGAGCCUCUGGCGACUCGGGACCAAGUUGCCAAAACAACCAAUCUACCCGUGAAGAAAAGAGGAAGACCCAGAAAGCUCGUUGCAACGACCGCCGACGAUGCAGCAUUGGAUCAAACCUCUGCAAGCGCGAAAUCAGAAGAACCUACGGCCAAUUAUUCCUCAACUGUGCCGCCCCUUUCGCAAGAACUGCAGGGCGAGCAACCUUCGAAGUCAGCAGCCACUGGAAGACUGACAGCGCGACCCAGAAGACAAGCCGCGACGAGUGCUAUGAGUAAAAUGUUGGAAGUCUUCAUCGAAGAAGAGUUGCCAGUUGAUAGCAAGCGACGCGAACCGACGGCUGAGUCCAUCAAAAAGAGACAGCGCAGAAUUGCUCCAAGUGCCAGGGCGUCAAACCAGCUGAAAAUCCCGGGUUCGUCUUGCAAAAUUCAUGAAAGGACUGUGGGAGCCGAGACCGGAUUCAAAGACUCUGAGCGCGCGUGGCAGGGAAAUGCUGCCUCACCGCGAAAGCCGCUUGGCGCAACUGAAGUGAAUGCUGUGACGAAGGAAAUGAGAUCGCCUGAAGCUCUGGGAGAAGAGUGUGGCCCGAAGCAUCGCCACCGCAAAGAGGUCGUACGCGCUGCUGGCAAAGAGAACGGCUACGGCAUUGCAGAGUCUCGACACAUAGAGCCAAUGGAUCAUCUUAAAAUUGCCGCCGCAUCUUCGGUUACAGAUAGCAAGAGGGGGGCGGCCGCCAGCGACCAGGAUGUAGCACAAGUCUCUGGAGCCGGGGAUGAGCCAGGUCUGGAUGCUGCAGGCUCCCAGCAAAGGAACCUGCAUAGCGACCUACGCCGCAGACCAGCAUCGCUGGCAAGCGGCAUCCAAGCGUAA